AUGUCUGUUUCAGUGCCGAAGGUGGAGAUCGUGGACGAGCACGGUGCCACGGCCGGUGACAAAUUUUACAAAGCGGGCAGCACGAUAGAGCUGAAGUGUGUGGUCAGCAAUAUACCGCAGCCCACCGGAUACGUUACGUGGCGGCAUGGAUCUCGAAAGCUGAAUUACGAUACUACUCGCGGAGGAAUCAGCGUGAAGACGGACAUGGGCACCAACGGCGCGGUGUCCAGGCUCUACAUAGCGAACGCGAACAAAAAGGACAGCGGGAACUAUAGCUGCGAACUGACGGAUGUCGCGCCAGCCACCACGGUUUCCGUCCAUGUGUUAAAUGGCGAGAAUCCAGCAGCCAUGCAGCACGGCGGCAGCAGCAAGCUGCGAUCUGCCAUAGUUCUGACCGUGGUCGCAGCGUUCGGCUCGUCGCUCCUGAGGUGACCGUGAUGCCAGGACUCAAUCUUCGCGGGCCUUCGGUUCGAAUGAUGCUGACUCGUUCUUUCCUCGCGAAGCAUCCGGUGGCCAGGCUGAAGGAACAAAGUUGCAGAGGGCUCGCGACCCUCGCGUGCCAGGACUUCGCAACGAUCACGCCGGACCUGGUCCGCAAAGUGGACGGUUCACCGGCGAAAAGCGGAGACGCUAUCCACGGGCGAAAGUUAGCGAGAACGAAGCUUUCCCCUGUCAGAAACGAACGCAACCGAGGCCGACGUCCCUCGAACGCGCCAUCUCGACAGACUCUUCUUUCUUGUUCCUUCGCGUUUCCUCUUUCCCGUAGGGCGUCGAAAACGGACGAUAGCGCGAAACCUUCGCCAAGAAGGACAACGAAGUUUCCCUUCUAUCAAAAGGAUCAUGUGCGUGGUCCUCAACGAGCUGUGAGUCUGCCGCUCCCGAGAUACUGUACUUGCGCAGUUUUUGUGUAUACGUUUUCGCCCUAGUGAGCACGUGAUACGUCAAACGGGAAAACGGGUCGAUCUCUGGGUCUAUUCUCUGUCGUGGUUUGCUCCGUCGACGGCGGUCCGGUACGGGACCGUCGGUAUUGGGAGAGCACGCGUUGCCAGAGCCGCCGAGGAUGAAACGAAGUUCCGAGAAGGAACGGCUAACAUAUCAGUCGAUCUCUGGGAACGGGAGUCGCGGAUUUUUCGGCAGGAGACGCGCGAGCCGAGCUGCGGAAUAACGUGCUCCGAAGCCGGAAAGUUUCCGUCGCGACGGCUGCGCGAUGGUCGACGUAAUUAAUUCCGUCGAGACUCUUUCCCAUCGAGCAUGACUCGGACGGGAGUUCUGUCGAGAGGAGAAGUACCUAACUUGCUGGUUGCUACAUGCCCAGCAAUCGUACGAGCAGGUUCUCUUUAUUUUCUCUUCUUACGGAAGCUUCGAAAUCGUUCACAGUAAUCUGAAUUUUUAACACUGAAUCUACCGAUUAUAAUGAUCGAUCUCUUUCUUCUUUUAUUUUAAAGUUACUAAAAACACAAGGACUUGUUUUUACCGAGGCUUCGAAAUCGUUCACGGUAAUCUUUAUUUUUAACACUAGAUCUACCAAUCGAAAUGACCGUUUUCAUAUUUUUUUUUGUUUCAACCCUUUCGGUA